AUGCAUCCACAAAUCUUUCACUCCUUGGCAUCGUCCAAGCUCCUCUUGUCCAAUCGGUUACUCCACCCAGUAUUCCCCACUAUCUUUACUUCUUCCAUGCUGCGCCUAACUGCUCCUGAAGUUUUCCCUAUUCCACCUACCCAACAAGAACCUACUCUAAUUGAGCUUAUUCAAUCAUCACUCCCACCAGCUAAGAGGAUGCCAAACAUACCAUGCAAAGACCUUCAACCCCAAUCGAGACCACUCGGUGUACUCAUGGGAGCUAUGACUAAUUAUGAGAGCUAUGAGUAA